AUGAUGCACUUUGGUCCAGAGUGGAUGCGCACGAAGCAAGGUUCCCGUCCUGCGCCGUCCCCACCUCUCGCGAGCUCGCCUGUACCUCCUGGAGCGUCUACAUACUCUGCGCUGGUCACUCCUACUGCUAACCCCCAGCCGGAACGACGCGACGUCGUUCAUCCCUUCCGAUAUUCUAAGGAAGAAUUGCUCCGCAUCUAUAAGGAGGGUGGUGGCAAAGGUGGCUUGGGCCUAGAGGUGGAGAGGUGGGAGGGGAUUGUUCGUGAGGUGGGCUGCGAUCCUAUUGGGCUCAAGGAAAUGGGCGAGGUGGAGAAGAAGAUUUUCGCGGGAUCGCUGAAUUCUGAGAUCCGCCGACGUCAAUCUACAGACUACUUGUCUCCUCUCGCCACCCCUUCUCUCGGAGAUCGCCCGAAACUUAACCAUACAACGUCUGGAGCUGGUAGCCCCAUGCGUGAACGUCUGGGCGGAUUCGUGGGCAGAAGGCGGGAUAGUACAGAAGCGCAACCCCUCACAAUUCCCAGAAAAUUAUCCUUAUCUUCCAUGCAAGGGCCUUUGGCUUCGCCGCGCGAAACUGGACUCCCUUCUCCUAGGACUCGUAUCGGACAGACUCUUGGUUUCGAUGGUGUACUGAGUGAGUCAUGGUCGUCAAGGCGUAGAGCUUCCGACGCCUUGGCAAAGCCUGGCGGAACAUCAUCCGGACGUCCAGAGAGGGACACGAGCGAUGCUGGACGUGAUUCCAAUGAAUCUUACAUCAAGGAAGAAGAGGAAGGAGGUGCUCCUCCCAGUCCAGAACACCUUCGUGGUGGUGAUAAUGCAGCUGCUCAACCUACACCGAGCCCACGUCCCGAUCCUCCAAUAGCCACUACAGGUCGGGGUUCGGUUUCCGCGGACAACGUUAGCGGGAGUAUGGCAUCUCUAUCUCUGGCAGGUCAAGGUGAUGGAGGUGUAGCCAAUGGCGUUGGGAUCACUGAAGACCCGAUGAUGUCAAAGCCUCCUCUAGGCCUCACGGAUUUAACCAGUGUUGAGUGGUCCUAUCUGGAUCCUCAGGGUCAAAUACAAGGGCCGUUCCGUGCGGAUCUUAUGCAGCGUUGGCAUGAUGAAGGUUACUUCUCACCCAAUCUCCUCAUGAAGCGUACACAUCUAGACUCAGAGUGGAUGUCAGUGGGCGAGAUGUUGCGUGGCGCUGGGAGUAGUCCCAUAUUCCUUACACCCGCUAUAAGUUCGGUCCCUCCUCCUGGCCUUCCCCGUCGUCCAGAUCCUCUACUUGAAGGUCCAGUCCCGGAUAGAGACCGAAGUUCACCUUAUCAGCCUGUCCCUACUAUGUCCCGGCGAGGCUCAACACUAGACUCGUUUAUGCACAGUGGACCCAAUAGUGCGUCUGCCUCGCCUGCGUCCUCUUUUGGUGCGGCAAGAUUCCUGAUUAACUCCCCCGACCCAAAUUCCUUUGACGGGCGCACAACGGACCAUCUCUAUUCUGAUGCCUCAGCGGGAUCAUUAAUAGCAGGAUUCGCCGCCGACCCAAUGGUCCGGAGGCGAGCGACAUUGAAUGAUACCUUCGAUCCAACGUUAGCUGAUCAAACAUCCUACGCGAACCUCACACCUGGAAGAGUGGCUGAUGGACUUGGUUUUGGUGGCAUGGAUGGCAUAACUACUAGUUCUGCUGAUUCUGUCGGUCCUUUCAGCUCCAGCUACGGUGCCUCUACAGCCGAUGGCGGGUCUUCAUCGAAUGGAAACUAUGAGAAGAAUGCCAUUGGUGGACAUUUGUCCAUGAGCUUCACUAACGGCGAAUUUGGAACCAUUGGUGGAUUCACUAACCAGUCGCGCACGAUGAAUCGUGAUGUGUUCGACGGGGCUGCGUUGAUUGACAGAUCCGAUUCUCACUUAGGUGUUAGCCUCGGAGGCCCAUACGCCAAUGGAAACGCUUCCUCUUUCCAAUCAAAUGGCCAGUCAUUUCCGCGAAAUACCUCUCUUCAAUAUUCAUUGCCACCGGAUGGUCACUCUUUGCAAGCUAUGUCGGAUCGACAGGCUGAAGCCUCUCUGCACGCCAUGCCUCUCAACCAGCAGCUCCCACGUUCUUUCGCACCAUCUGCCUACGCCGGCUCCCAGUCAAAUUGGGCUCCACAGGAGCCUCCAGCAUUCCGUCGGCCAGGUCCCUUCGACCCGACCUUUCCCACAGCCAGCAACACUGUUAUCUCCAGUGUACCCACACUCCCUCAAACUCCUUUCAACCGCGCUCUGCAGACGAAUCAACCACCAUGGUAUGCUGCCUCUCAGGGCGUUGUCAGCGACGGGUGGAAAGGAGAUCCCAACGAUCUUACCGUUGCGAAUCUCGGACAACACAAUCAGCAGCAACAGGAUACUACCCAGCGUCACGCACCCAAUGUUCCGAUCGAUGUUAAUUCUCAACAGCGUGAGACGAUCGUCGAAGCGUUUCGUGAUGCGCAGUCGCAAUCCACGACGGCAGCGCCAUCGACUACUCCCUUGACUCCAGCUGAGCCUUCCCGCCCACCGAAACCCAGUCGCAAGGCUUCUGCCCCGACACAGUCUACUGCAAUAGCGCCAGCUCCUAAAACUACUGCUCCGUCUACCGCUGUACAGCCACCUUCGCCAGGACAGCCUGUUGAACAUAAGCCAGCAUGGUCUAUGGAAGAUGACAAGAAAUCAAAACCUUCUGGUGUUGCUUCGAGUCUGCGGGAAAUCCAGGAAGCAGAGACAAAGAAGUACGAAGCGCGCAAGGCCGCUGAAAGAGAACGCGAGCGUGCUGCUCGUGCCGCUGCUGGAACUCCUUCGCAGACUGAAGAGUUCCUGACGUUCACGACCUCCUGGGGCUUGCCGACGUCACAAGCUGGAACGGCUCGUCUAACUCCUACUGCUGCCAAGGAAUCUACUGGUUUCUCCAGCUCGUCCAAUGUGCCUGUUUGGACGAAUACACCAAAGACACCCGUAGCAAAGAAGACCAUGAAGGAGAUCCAAGAGGAGGAAGAGAAGCGGAAGAAGCAGGCUGUGAAGGAGAAGGAGACGGUUGCCGCCGCGGCGAGGAGAGCCUAUGCAGAGACAACCAAUAAGCCUUCUUCAUCUGCUCAGCCAUCUGGCGGAGCUUGGACCACAGUGGGCACUGGUGGGAAGACGUCUAGUGUAACGCCUGCUGCUGUUCGUCCUCCAGCUUCGACCUCGGCUUCUACCAAGGUCGUUCCUAGCACUUCAGCUGCAGUAGUCGCUACGCCGCCCUUGACUAUUCGAGCAACAGUACCCGCUACGUCCUCUCCUCGAGCUCCCGUUCCAAUCAAUCGUGCGUCAUCGAAAGCCGACGAAACACCGUCACCACCGUCGCAGGAAUUUUUGAGGUGGCUAAGUGACUCGUUGAAGGGACUGAACGGCAGUGUUAGCUAUGAGGAAAUCACGUCGAUGCUGCUGUCAUUCCCGCUUGAUCCUGAUUCCUCCACGGUAGAGAUCAUCUCCGAUCUCAUCUAUGCUAGCAGCACCACUCUCGACGGCCGUCGGUUCGCGUCAGAAUUUGUGAGCAAGCGCAAAGCAGACGCAUCGUCGCGUCCGAAGGGGGCCUCAUCUGUGGGUGCCGCCGGUAAGACCCCGUCCAUCGCGGAAGUGGUGAAAGCGCAGCCAAAGCCGGCGCAGAACGAGUGGGGCGGGUUCAAGGUGGUGAACAAGAAGAAGAAGGGUGGACGUGCGUGA